UUUUCAGUAGGUGGCGGGAAUGCAAACCAACAUUUUAGUUUGCAAACCACCAUUAAAUCCUAGAAGAAGAAGAUGCGCCCCGUUACUUCCGGGUUAUGGAGAAGGGGGUUGUGUGAUGGCAUGACAGCAGUGUGAAGAGAGAAAGUCCAGUUUAUUCGGUGAUGGGGGCAGACAGUGAUCCGGGAGCUCCGGCGGCCGUCCCAUGGCGUAAAGUGUUGUAUGAGCGACAGCCUUUCCCGGACAAUUACGUGGACAGCCGUUUCCUGGAAGAGCUACGACGCAACAUCCGGGUCCGUCAGUACCGUUACUGGGCUGUGGUUCGAGAGGCUGGACUGAUCGCACAGCAGGUGUCAUGCGUGGCAAUCUUUCUCACAUUAUGGUCUUAUAUGGAACAGGGAGACCUUGUGCCAUCCACAGUGUUGUGGGUCAGUCUGGCUUGUGCUCUGCUGGGCUACGGACUUUACGAGAUCCUGGGAGGAGCCGAGGUUCGAGAGCGCACGCGCCUGGCAGACCUGCAGAGCGCCACUAUCUUCCUGGCUUUUACUUUUGGGUUCUCCCCAGUUUUAAAGACACUGACCGAAGCGGUUAGUACAGAUACUGUGUACGCCAUGUCAGCCGGUAUGCUCUUGGCACACUUGGUGUCCUUCCCCUAUGCCCAACCCAGUCCGCCGGGCAGCCUUUCACUCAACGCUGCCCUUUUUGGGUCGGUGUGCCUGGCAUCUCGGUUGCCCGGUGCCCUGCAUACCUUUACGAUGCUGAGUUGUGCUCUUCUUGUAUUUGCGCUUUGGCCCUGCUUGCUUCAUCGUUUGAGGGAGAAGGCGACGUGGAGCUUCCCGUGGGCAGCCGGGUUGGUGUGUUUGGGUGGAGUGGGGGGUCUGGGUAGUCUGUGGCUUGAGGGAGCAGUGCUUCUCUCUCUGGCUCUGAUGAUGCUAACUUUCCUGUCUCCACUGUUACUAGUCCACCUGCAGAGACAAAAGGACAAUAUCCAUGGUCCUUGGGACGAGGCAGAGAUCAGAGAAGACCUCUCCCACUUCCUGAACUGAAAUAAAACCGGGCUACAUGAUUUUAAAGCAGUUGUUACUAUAAGGCUAAAAGGGUCUUUAUUUUAAGACUUGUGUGCACUUUUUCAAACUCAGGGUCAGGGACAACUUAUUACUGUGUGCCAGAGAUCUCAUAUGGGAUGGUUUGCAACUAUUCAAUUUGUGAUUUUAAAAGGGACAUUUCACAAGACUUUUUUAAAGAUGUCAAAUAAAUCUUUGGUGUCUGCGGAGUCUGUAUGUGAAGUUCUAGCUCAAAAUAUUAUAUAGAUAAUUUAUUACAGCAUGUUAAAAUUGCCACUUUUUAGGUGUGAGCAAAAAUGUGCCAUUUUUGGGUAUGUCCUUUAAAUGCAAAUGAGCUGAUCUCUGCACUAAAUGGCAGUGACAUGGUUGGAUAGUGCAGAUUAAGGGGCUGACAUCACAAGGGGAGCAAAAUUUCAUUGACCUAUUUUUUCACAUGCUUGCAGAGAAUGGUUUACUAAAACUGAGUUACUGGGUUGAUCUUUUUCACAUUUUCUAGGUUGAUAGAAGCACUGGGGACCCAAUUAUAGCACUUAAAAGUCAGAUUUUCAUGAUAUGUCCCCUUUAACACGUCCGUGUCAUGUAUUACCCUGAUACCAGAAGAAAAAAAGAAAAUGAGAAAUGCAAAGAAAAUGCGAAAGAAAAUGAGCAAAUAUCAGAAGCAACUGUUAGCCAAAAUUGUAAUUGCCAAAAUUCUGUUCCAUUAGGUUCUCAAUACUGUAUUAUGUCAUUCAGUCUGUGAAAACCCAGCUAAAGUUAUUUUUUCAUCCUACACAAUGUAAAGAAAAUUCUGUAAAAGAAAAAUAUGACCUUGAUGUCUUUAAUACUGACUGAGCAAGGUACUAAAAAUACUAAACUAUAAUUUACAUUUUUAUGCAUUUGGCUUUUAUUCAAAAUCACAAAUUGAAUAGUUGUAAACUGUCCCAUCUGAGAUCUCUGGCACACAGUACAAAUAUUUUAUGUCAAAUAAAAUUAAAAUCAAACUUUGAUGCUUAUAAUCUCAUAAUAAGAUUGAAACUUUACCUCGGAUUUCACAGACAGGGUCACAUAGGUGUGGUUUCCCGGACAUGGAUUAGACUAGUCCUAAAUAAAUAAAUGUUAGAGCUGUCCAAACUGAAAACAGCUUGCACUAACAAUCUUAAAAUAAUCUUAAAAUACACAUUUUGCCUUAAAAUGCACACCCACAUUUUUUUAGUAAGGCAUGUUUGUUAAAACUAGAUAUAUUUUCUAAUUAAACUAAGGCCUAGUCCUGGCUUGAGCUAAUCCCUGUCUGGGAAACCACCCCAACUGUAUUUUUGUGAUGAUUUACAAAAAAAUGCGUUUACACUUCAGUAAUACCUAAUUAUCACAUCAUGUAUUGGAUUUGAAAAACAGUCUUUGUGUUUCUAUUUUAUAAAGGAUGUUUUGGGGUAAGGUGCAGUAUGAUCCAGGCAUGUUCACCUAAAUGAACUAUAUGGACUGUAGGAAGCUAUAAACUCUUUAACAGUAUUUAUAUAAAUGCGAGCACAUUCCAGAAUUGUCUGGGUUGAAUUAUGAAAUGGUUCAAAUGCUUGUUUGUAAAGAAUACAGUUAUUAACACUUAAUGUGUUGAAAUAAAUAUUGUUCUUAACAGUG